GUUUCCUCCACAAUCUUACGACAGCUAGAAGAUGGCGAUGAAACGAACAUCCAUUUAUGCUCUAUGUGUACUGUUUAUGUCAUUAAUUUUUGCUGAGUCGCCACCUCGGCAAUUAAACACGGUAGGAGAGGACUAUACUACUAGAUAGCUACAUGAACAAGCUAGACUCGUAUGUUUACCUGCUGAAUGCAGCUAGCUAGUCAACGUUAGUCAGCUAUAGUACAGUAGGAACGUUAAUCUUGGUAGCUAGCUAGCUAGCUAACGUUACCUUUGUUGCUAUCUGACUCACUGCAGCUAGCUAAUAUUUAUGUUGUUAGCCAGGUAGCAUGAGCGUAAUACUAGCAAGCUAGAAUGCCCUCAAGUAUUAGGUAGCUAACUUAUAUGAUGAUCAUAAUAAUUAAUGGCCUGCUUUCCCAUUCUUGAUUCUCAAACAGGAAAGCAUUCUGAUCAAUGUGACAGCAGGGCCAUUGGAUGAUACACAGGUGCAGGAGUCCAACAACUUGCAGGUAAGCUAUAAUAUUAUGUAGUGUGGUCCAAGAUUAAGCCUGUCAUAAUGGUAUUGAAUAACAACAUAACGUAUAGCUCAAUACAUGUUCAUUUUUAGAUCAACUUGAAUAUUUCAGUGGAUGAAGAUCAGGUGCUCAUCAAUGACAUCCCUGUGGAGUUGUCAGGGGUGACCAGGUUGAACUGCCAAGCCUUGCUGUGUGAGUAGUGAACAUGUUUCUGCUGCUUAUAACUUAGCUACAGCACAACAUUUUGCACCUGAUUAAAACAGCUUUUCACUCUGUUUACAGUGGAUACCACCAAUGGCACAAGUGAAUUUGAAUCUGGUGACUAUGUCUCCACUGUCACCCGGGUGAUGGUGAGCCAGAAUCGCCUGUGGAGUGAUUCAGAAGAGGUGGUGUCUCUCCAAGUGUUCAGCGAGGUCAUCGAGAUGGAGGGGAAAAAGGUAAAGUUGCUUGAUUGAGAAAAGGACAAUAAAAUAAUGGUGUUAGGGUAUUUAUGUAACAGCUUAAGGAGCAUAUUUGCACCAUGGUGGUACAAUGAUGGAAAAUCUGUGAUCUUAUGACUUUGUAUCCUUUUCUAUCAUUUAGGUCCAGCAGCCAGAAAUGUGUGAAGUGAAGAUACUGAUGAGCCCCAAUUUCCAGACACUUGCUCAGUAUAGCAACACCUAUCCCAUUGGACACAGUGAGAUUUUCAGGAUCCCAAGGGAAAAUGAUGUGGUCAUCACAGAUCCAACAAAUCCUAAAAAAGGUAUGCAAGAACAGCUGUUUUCGUUCACUUCUCGUACUCUCACAUGAAAAGGACAAGAUAACUGAAUUCCAUUGCUAAAGCAAUGUUCCUAAAUCAGUUGGUGAAUGAUAAUGAUCCACUUCCUUCUGCUCAGCUGAAGACCAAGUGAUGUCCCAGACCACCAGUCAUUACCCUCUGAAGCAUGCUGACACCACCCAGGAGGAGACUGCUGCCCCAGGCAAGCUCCCAGAGACUCCCCUUCGCAUGGACCCAGACCUGCUGUAUGAUAACAAUGAUGAGGGUGAUGACUUGGGAGGGCUGUCGGAUCAGAUGCAGACAGAGGCACCGCUCAAAGAAUCUAUCUCUUCUUACAGUGUAAGUAAAUUGGACAUCGGAUCCAAAUCAAAACCACAAAAUUCCAUUACUAUAAUGUGCUCUGGACUUAAAAUCUGUUUGCAGGCCAUGUGUCGAUGGGUGGAGGAGGUGAGGGACCGCUUGCGACGCUUCUGGUCUGAGUCCUUGCCCCUGUUCUUCUUGGUCAUGUGGGUGGUGGUGAUUGGUGUGGUUGGGUCAGCGGUCAUUGUCAAGAUCCUGGACAUGUUCUUCCCAACAUGCGAACACAAGUACGUUUUCACACAGGUCCUGUUCAACCUGCUUACAUGAUUGUUGUAGAAUUAAAUGAAACUUUGCCAGGUCAGUGUGCAGGAUUUGUCCUUACUGCCAAGACCAGUUAAUUAGGCACGUCCGUUCUCUCAUCUUUUCUUAAGGGUGAUGCUCAUGAGGAAAACUGAUAAUGUUGUACUUUUCCUCUAGGGGAAUUUUCCAUUUAAAUCCUGUGACUCUGAUGCUGGAAGAUGAGAAACACACCCUGCUGGAGAACAUUGAAAUAGAGGCAGAGGAGGAGAAAAGGCCUUCAAUGAAAACUGAAGAAGGAUGAAGUGGAUGAGUCUGAUUACAUCUGUUGAAAACACAAGGCAUUAUGUGGUUAGAGAAACCAUCAUCUCUUUGUAGCACUUAUUACACAUGCAUUGCAUACACAACAUGAUUCACUUUAUUUCUCAAACAUUAUACCCUCCUCUCAAAACAUGAAUCUGAAAUGUUACUACUGGAAGCAGAGCUACCUACUGCACACUGUGUUACUUUUCAUAUUAUGAUUGUGUUACCUCACAGUGCCUCUGUAACGAUUCUACUUUGCAUUAUGAAAUACUGACUUAUUUUUGAUUGCUCAUUUCAUACUAUUUUAGCAUUCUGACUGGAUGAUACUGAGGAUUUGGUGUUUGGUGUUUGUUUGCAUGCAACUUUAAAUCAUAACAGAUUAACAGCUUUUAUUUACUGCAUUUUCAGCCAGUGCACAAUAUUAUGUUGGAGCCUCACCAAUGCAUUUGUUGUAAAAUGUCAACAACAAAACAUAUUUUGAUCUUGCUAUUGCAUUUUGACUGAACUUGACUGGCCUGUGCUUAGGUUCAUAAAAGGACAGGUGGUCCUAGUCUUGCACCCAUCAUUAUGAGUGCAGUGCAGAACAAAUAAUGAUCAAAUAUUAGAUCUCAUUCCAACCAUUUCAAUUGAUCGAGAAGAAACUGUUAGUUCCUAUAGCUGAAUGAUCUCUGGGGCAUAUUCACUUGACUCUUUGUCACAGAACAUUGCAAAUUCCCCUGCAGAUUUGAGACGCUGCAUGCUUCCUGAUUAGGCGGCAGGUAGCUUAGUGGGUAAGAGCGUUGUGCCAGUAACCG